CGCGGCGCGAGCCACCCCCACCCAGCCCGCACCGAACCAAACGGACCAGGUAGCAUCCAUGGCGCGCCGUGAAAAACCCUAAACCCCGCGCCAAGGCGCCCAAGUCCCAAGGAGCCGCAGCAUCGCAUCGGCACGGGACCCAUGGCGGCGUCCCCGCCCUCUUCCCCUUCCGCCGCGGCCGCCGCCGUGGCUGGCGUCCGGAGCCCGAGCCCCCAAUCGCCGUCUCCGAACCUUACCAACUUCUUCGUAUGGAGGGAAUUUGCUUGGGGAGCAAUUGCAGGCGCAUUUGGAGAAGGCAUGAUGCAUCCAGUUGACACUCUGAAAACAAGGCUUCAGAGUCAAGCUAUAAUGACAGGGGCUAAGGCUCAGAAGAAUAUUUUUCAGAUGGUCAGGACAGUUUGGGCUUCUGAUGGUCUGAGAGGUUUUUACAGAGGAAUCAGUCCAGGUGUUACUGGUUCACUUGCUACAGGUGCAACAUAUUUUGGUGUUAUUGAAUCAACUAAGACAUGGCUGGAGAAUGCCAAUCCUAAUCUAAGUGGUCAUUGGUCUCACUUCAUUGCUGGAGGAAUUGGGGAUACACUUGGAUCUUUUAUCUAUGUGCCCUGUGAAGUCAUGAAACAACGAAUGCAAAUCCAAGGCUCCAGCAAAUCCUGGGCAUUAAAUGCGACAAAAGGAAGUGUUUCUCAAUCUCCUGGGACUCAGAUGUAUGGAUACUAUAAAGGAAUGUUCCAUGCUGGUUGUUCUAUCUGGAAAGAUCACGGUUUGAAGGGACUUUAUGCAGGGUAUGGGUCUACACUUGCCAGGGAUGUCCCUUUUGCUGGUCUAAUGGUAACUUUCUAUGAAGCAAUGAAAGAACUGACCUACUAUGGGAAGAGGAAGUAUCUGCCAGACAGUGAUUUACAAGUCAGCAAUUCCUUCGAAGGACUUCUUCUAGGAGGAUUGGCAGGCGGUUUUAGUGCAUACUUGACAACCCCCUUGGAUGUGAUCAAGACAAGACUGCAAGUACAAGGAUCAACAACUAGGUACAAUGGAUGGCUGGAUGCUAUUAAAAAGACAUGGGCUUCUGAGGGAGUAGAUGGCUUAUUCAAGGGAAGUAUCCCCAGAAUAAUAUGGUACAUACCUGCAUCUGCAUUCACGUUCAUGGCAGUGGAGUUCCUAAGGGAGCAUUUCAAUGAGAAGAUCGAUUCAGAUGCCUGUGAACAAACCUGACAUGUCAAUUGGAUACGAAUCAGAGGUGGACGAAGUAGAUUAAACUUAUUUUCUGUGGAAGAGAGAAUUGACCCGGAGGAAUUUUUGGUUCGUGCGGCAGACAAGUUCGUUUCACCAAUGUAGAGGUAGAAAUGCAGAAACAUUUGCACGUAGAAGGAGGAAAGAAAGAAACUGACCAUAUUUUUUAUGGAGUUAGAAAUCUGUAUUCUCGGGCAGAUCUUACUUUCUUAACCCACCUUGGUGCUAGCUGCUGUAUCAGUUCCAUUUGUAGCUCCUACCAUUUUUGUCCCAUCUAACCAUCUAAGGUUCUAACAGCCCGUUUGGCAACCAUCGUUGGUUGAUAGGAUCUCAUUUGGUUGAAUUUGAAUUUCUAGUUCAAAAA